UAUUCCAAACACUUUACUUUAAAUAUUUUUUAAAAAAUGCUCCUCCCUGUUAAACCAAUUCAAAUGCAAACUUUCUUUAUUCUGCUAUUAUUAAGACACUCUACAGGGUUCUACAUUAAAACAUAUGACCAAUUUGACAAAACUGAAAUUCUAGACCACGAAGAUCACAGGGACAUUCUUCGUGAUUCGAAGACCGUAUUUCUUCCGGAGAUGGCGAUAUAUUUCAAGAAUCCACAGAUACGUCAGAAAAGAAAAAUCAAUUGCCAGAUAUUUGGACCUAAGUCGGAACUUUGCUACAAGAUCCUGAUUAAUCAAGAUGCUAUCGAUACUAGUGACUAUGUAGUUAUGGGUAACGAUAGCUUCUUGAACGAUACAACCCCUUCAACCACUUUACUACCAAUAAGGCCUGACAUCAAGCAAGAAAAUGAUACUAACGAGAAUGAUAUUGAAGCGGAUAAGACCAUACUAGUGGUAAAUGUGAACAUAACAAAUCCCGAAAAGCCCGUUUUGAAUGGUACUUUUGAAAAUGAUUAUUGUAGUGGUAAUGACGAGCAUGAGCUUUAUUGGAAUAGUCAUCUAAAUAAACAGGAAGUAAGAGAGUUACAAAGUAGGAUCAUGCGAAAAUAUAUGAACAACAAAAUAAACCCUUGCAACGACUUUUACGGAUAUGCGUGUGGGAACUGGAAAAAAUACUUCAAGAUCCCUCCAGACAGAUCCUCAUUUGAUACGUUCGAGAUCAUUAGAGAAAACCUAGAUCACGUCCUAAAGGAAAUUCUGGAAGACCGAUCGGAAGUUCCAGCAAUCUCAACGAAUAAUGCAGAGCCCAUUAGUCUGGAUUACUUAUUUCAUAGCGGCGUGGUUCCUAACAACACUAUGGAGGCCUCAGUAAAAGCCAAAUUAUUCUAUGCCUCCUGUAUGGAUGAAGCAACGAUUUUGAAAAAAAGUAGUCGGCCUUUACUGAGUGUAAUUGAACUUCUUGGAGGGUGGCCGAUGUUAUCCCAGAAUUGGACUGAAAGAAGAUAUGAUCUAUUUCGUUUGCUUGCUAGGCUUCGACUCAUAAACAAUGAUCUACUUAUAUCCCAGUGGAUUGGACCUGAUAUGAAAAACGCAAAUCAAUAUAUCGUCCAUGUAGAUCAGACAACCUUGGGACUGCCGACCAGGGAAUAUUUUACCGAUCCCAAAAAUAUUAAAUACGUCAGUGCGUAUAAAACCUUAAUUAUGGGUACUGUGCAAUUACUAGGAGCUGAACUAGUAGACAUAGAAAACGAUGUUAAUGAUUUGAUAGACUUCGAAACUAAAUUGGCAGAUAUCAUGGCAACAACCGAAGAGAGAAGAAACGUUAGCGACUUUUAUCUUAAGACUGACCUGUCGUCUAUGACCUUGUUUUUUCCACAGUACGAGUGGAAGACCUAUUUUGAUAUCAUUUUAGGUCCUAAUAUAAGUCUUCGCACUCCUGUUGCUGUUUAUUGCGUGAAGUACCUUCUGGACCUGGUGCCAUUGCUAAGCACCACAAGCCACCGAACUAUCCAGAAUUAUCUGAUAUGGCGUUUCGUUCGCCAUCGCCUUAAUAAUUUAGAUUCAAGAUUUCUGGAAAUUAAACAGAGAUUUAAUUUCGUCUUAUUCGGAAGGGAAAAGCAGCCGCAAAGAUGGCAGUUUUGCGUUAGUCAAGUGAAUACUCAUAUGGGUAUGGCCAUUGGAUCGCUUUUUGUACAAAGAUAUUUUGAUGAGUCCAGUAAAGAUGACACAAUUAGAAUGACCCAGGAUUUAAUGGCAUCUUUCAAGGACAUAUUGAAAGAGAGCACGUGGCUGGAUCCUCAUACCAAAGAAUAUGCCCGGAUGAAAAUCGACAAAAUGGACUUAAAAAUUGGAUUUCCUGAUUUUGCUUUAAAUAAAACUGAGCUUGCCGCAAGAUACUACGACGUAAACAUUCAGGAAGAGACGUUUUUCGAAAACGUCUUGAGCAUCUUGAGGCAUCUGAGCCGAGCUGAGCAAAAGAGGUUGGGAUCAGAAGUGAACAGAACUCUAUGGAGUACCUCACCGGCCGUGGUUAACGCUUAUUAUAGUAGAAAUAAAAAUCAAAUUAUGUUUCCUGCUGGCAUUUUGCAGCCGCCCUUCUAUCAUAAACAUUUUCCAAAAGCGUUAAAUUUUGGAGGCAUAGGGGUCGUAAUUGGACACGAAAUAACUCAUGGAUUCGACGAUAAGGGACGAUUAUUCGAUGCCCAAGGAAAUCUUAUGAUGUGGUGGAGGGUAACAUCCAUUAGGAAUUUUUAUGAUAAAGCUCAGUGCAUGAUAGAUCAGUACAGUCAGUACAUGCUACCACAAAUAAAGGCCCCCAUCGAUGGUUACAUGACCCAAGGUGAAAAUAUCGCGGACAACGGCGGAAUAAAAGAGUCUUUCAGAGCAUAUAAAACCUGGCUGAAAAACAACCCAAAAGCCGAUGAGAUCCUUCCAGGUAUGAACUUAACGGGAAAACAAUUAUUCUUCCUAAAUUUCGCGCAAGUGUGGUGCGGACAACAGAAAGUCGAAGAAGCCAAAAACCGAAUGAAAACGUCGGUGCAUUCCCCCGGGAUUUUUCGUAUUAUUGGGGUGCUCAGCAACUCUAAGGAUUUUUCGAGGGAGUUCAAUUGCCCCAAGAAUAGCCCGAUGAACCCGGAUAAAAAGUGUACAAUAUGGUAGUUUCUUAGUGUACUGUAAGAAAUAUGCCGAAUAAGGAUCACGUCUCGGAUCACGUGCAUAUAGCCUGACUUGGUACCGUCGUCAUCGUGGUCCAGGUCAACGGUAUAUUAUGAAAGGGAAUAUCGAUCUCAGCAUAAUUUGGGAAAAGGAAAUACACGCGGGCAUUGAAGGGAAAGACAGAUUGGCUUUGACUAUUGAAAGUUUAAGUCGAUCCCGGUGACUUUUAUAUUUUGUUUGCUUUUGUUCAUUUUAUUUUUAAAUCUUAAAUUGUAAUUAAAAUUGUAAUUUUUUUUUAAAAGUUGGGUUUUAUUUUUCUAUAUUUCUGACAUCAGAAGUG